AUGACGGAGACAGUCAAAACCCAGAUCAAGAAGCGCGCGGAUACCCGUCGAGAGAGGCAAACCGCCCAGGUCACGACUGUCGAGACCGGUGACCGAAACUUCAUAUUUGAAUCAGGCCAAGCCUUCAUGCAGAAGGCCCGUGUCGAGGACUCAGACCAACCAACCAAAAUCACUGGCUCCCCGCAGACAUCAAACUUGGGAGCAAUACAAAAUGUAAAUCCAAUAUCUUCGACGGAGCUUGAUAGGAUGCAGUGGAUGGGAUCCGUGUUGGGAUUUCUGGACGAUUACGAAGAAUUUCACGACCACCUCCCGCUUUUGUCUCACGGUCGGGAUUUCGAGAUUGAUUUCCUGAUGAAGUACAUGGAUUAUGUCUUUCCCCAUCUUUUCCCAUUUUACCAACCAGGCAUCCACGAAACCGGCCGUAGCUGGAUACUGGCACUACUCAGGCGGAGUAGAGUUGCUUUCCACUCGGCAAUGAGCCUGAGUGCUUACUUUUUCAUAUUCACCCUGAUCGAUGGAUACCCGGGGCAACAUGAGCUGUGCAAAAGUCAGCUUUGGGCGGCAGUUGAGAGACAGGCAGAUAUGUGUUUUGAUAUGAUCCAACACGACAUUCAGGAUCUAAGUCUCCGUACGUCGCAAUCUACGCUACUUGAGAAGGCACGAGUGAUGGAGAGCAUUACUCAAUUUCUGAUUUUUGAGGUGGCGCUCCAGCGAGACGCCAAUUGGAAUUUACAUUUGACACCUGCUCUGGCACUCUUUGAAGAAAUUUGGCGAAGUAUUGUCGCAGAGGGACCUGAAUCGAAACUACUUUCCAUACUGGAUGGCAUGACUCAGCAUCUCCGGUUUGGUCUGGAUGAUGGGGGCUACGUUUGGAGUCCAGAGCAGGCCGGCUUUCGCUUCGUCACAGGUCUCCUAAUCUUGAUCGACAUCGUUGCCAGCGUCUCGCUAGAGCAGCAACCUCGGUUAGCUAAGUAUCAUCCACAUAUUCUUGCCGAUAUUGACCAUGGUGAGCCUGACUUUGGUACAAUUCCCCUCCAUCUAUCCACCCAUUUUGGUUGUCAGAACUGGGUGCUGCUCUCAAUUAGCCGGACAAUUGUUCUAGAGGCGUGGAAAAAAGAUAUGAAAAAGGCGGCGAGAUUGUCAAUGAUUGAACUUGUGAACCGAGCCAGCAGUAUAUCUCGCCUGCUGAAUGAUGGGUUUGCUCGUCUCGACAACUACACGUCAACUUGUCAAAAAGAUAACACUCUCUCCUUUCAAUCUUACUUGAAUGGUCGGCUUUCCAGAUCAUCGACGUCAUCUGCAAUCCCUACAAAGGUCUGGGCUCUCGCUUCUCAGAUAUAUCUUGCCGUCGUCGUAUCUGGUUGGCAGCCGUCCAAUGCGGAGAUACGUUCCAACGUUUCUCAAAUGCUUGAGUUAUUAUGGAACCUCGAUCGGUCUACUCACUUGCGAGCGCUGGCCUGGCCACUGUGUGUUGCAGGCUGUAUGUCUGCGCCAGGGGCCCAAGAGCAGGAAUUCCGCAGGUUGCUCAAAGAUAUGGACGAGCUAAGCAUGGUUGGUGCCUUAAGCGAAGCUCAAAAAAUCAUGGUAAAAGUGUGGGAGAGUCGCGAAAGUUUAGAUCCUGAUACAUGGGAUCUUGCCGCUUGUUUUCGUAUCCUAGGCACACCUGUAUUACUGUUUUAG